GUCUGUUUUCACUUUAUUUUAUGUCAUUGAGUUUUUGCUGCUUUCAUUUCUCUCUCAGCGUCGCUAUCUGGCAAUCCGUGUUUGUUUUCCCAUUCGAAUCCAAUAAAAAGACCUGGUUUUUCUGUGUCUUCAUGUUCUUCUCUGGAAGCUCUGGACAGGAACAAGAAGCCAGAGAAAGGGACAUAAAAGUAGUAAAAAAAAAAUGAAAGUUGGGAGGGAGUCUUUGGGUUCUGAGAUUUCUACAUAGAAAAUCGGAUAUCGUACUGUAUUCGUUUUUUCUUUUUUGGGUCUGGUUUUGACAAGUGUGUCGGUGCGUGUGUCGAUGGGCAAUUGCUUGGGACGUCGUUCCAUGGUCGACAACUCUCCGAGCUCUCAGGCAACUUCCGGUACUGAAGAGAUCAAAAUGGAAAGCCAUGAGGGUCGGCUUCAGAAAUUAUGGCUUAGUUUAUGCACCUGACAUAUAUUGAAACAAAAACCAACUUUGCCAAGUUUGUAGUGCUUUCAAUCCACUCAACAGUUUGAACCAAGUGAUGAUCCGAGCAGGAGUGUGGAGGUGGUUCUCAGGAGUUACAAAAGUUACCAGUAGAAGCAGCCGUUCUUUUGUUCCUUUGAGCCCAUCAGUCCCAGCACAUAGUGAAAGGUAUAAAUCUGGAACGCUUCCUACUUCAAGAUCUGAAGGUGACAUAUUGGCAUCCCCAAAUUUGAAAGCCUUCACAUAUAAUGAGCUUAAGAAUGCUACUCGAAACUUCCGUCCUGACAGUCUCCUGGGGGAAGGAGGAUUUGGUUAUGUUUACAAGGGGUGGAUUGAUGACCAUACCCUUAGUGCUGGAAGGCCUGGAAGUGGAAUGGUUGUUGCUGUCAAGAAGCUCAAACCUGAAGGUUUCCAAGGCCAUAAGGAGUGGUUGUCUGAAGUGGAACAUCUUGGUCAACUUCAUCAUCCAAAUCUUGUCAAACUUAUUGGAUACUGCCUGGAAGGGAAUAAUCGGCUUUUGGUGUACGAGUAUAUGCCCAAAGGAAGUUUGGAGAAUCACCUAUUUAGAAGGGGUGCCCGACCUCUUUCUUGGACAAUUAGGAUCAAAGUUGCCCUAGAUGCUGCUCGUGGGCUCUCCUUCCUGCAUGACUCUGAACAACAAGUCAUUUACCGUGAUUUCAAGGCUUCUAAUAUUCUACUUGAUUCGGAAUUCAAUGCAAAACUUUCAGACUUUGGUCUUGCAAAAGCAGGCCCCACUGGUGAUCAUACUCAUGUUUCCACUCAAGUCAUGGGUACUCGAGGCUAUGCUGCUCCUGAAUAUAUGGCCACAGGUUGGCUAACUGCGAAGUGCGAUGUCUACAGCUUUGGGGUUGUGCUACUGGAGCUGCUGUCUGGAAGACGUGCUAUCGAUAAAACAAAAGUUGGUGUGGAGCAGAAUCUGGUGGAUUGGGCAAAACCCUAUUUGGGUGAUAGGAGAAAGUUAUUCCGGAUUAUGGACACCAAGUUGGAGGGCCAGUACCCUCAGAAAGCAGCUUAUGCAACUGCUGUCAUUGCAUCUCAGUGUAUUAGUGAGGCCAAACUCCGUCCACAAAUGCCAGAGGUUUUAGCUAUCCUAGAACAGCUCCCAGUUGCCAAAUACGCAAACAGCCCUACUUCUAGUCUUUCUCCAAAGUCCCCUCUGAGAAAGAGUCACCCUUCACUUCUUAAUAUGAGCCCCAGAAGAUCCCCGCUGCCAUCAUCACAGAUGCAAUCCCCAGUUUUGAAAUCCCCGCGGGGAAGAUGAGCAGGAGCCAGAUUUUCCAACCGACUUCCUUAAUGUAAAUCCAUUUAUUUUUGGGCGCUCUUUAGUUGGUAGUUCCAUGAGGACAUUUUAUGAGCUUCUUUUGUGACCGAGUAUCUAAGAUAGAAUCUUUUCAGUAAGAGAGAAUCAGAGAGAUUGGCCUAAUUUUAAUCUCUGCCAAGCACUCAAUAGCAAUGUCAUUAGCGACAUGUCUUGCUUUUCCAUGCUACCUACACUGUCAUGAAUCUUAACUAGUUUAGCGAGGUGAUUUUACCUUACUAGCAUGGGGACUGCUGUUUUUUUCUAA